UUACGUCAUACGUAAGGUCAAGAGGAAAAGAAGCAUGGCCGCUGUGUUGAGAGGGUCUCGGCUCCUAGUUGGGAGGUUUUGCAAGCAUGUUGACUUUGCAUUCGUCUCUGAAAGGUCUAUGGCCUCUAAGACACCGGUCGGGUUUAUUGGUCUGGGCAAUAUGGGAAACCCAAUGGCAAAGAACUUACUAAACCACGGAUACCCGGUUGUUGCUACCGAUGUGUUCCCGGAGUCCUGCAAGGAAGUUCAAGAGCUGGGCGCACAGAUUGUUGAUAAUCCUGCUGAGGUAGCAGACAAGGCGGACCGAAUUAUUACCAUGCUCCCCUCUAGUCCCAAUGUCAUAGAUGCAUAUACUGGACCAAAUGGCAUUCUUAAAAAGAUAAAGAAAGGCUCCCUACUCAUCGACUCCAGCACCAUCGACCCCUCUGUUUCAAAAGAAAUGGCUGCUGCAGCUGAGAAGAUGGGUGCCGUUUUUAUGGAUGCACCUGUAUCAGGAGGUAAAUAUAUAGGUGCUGCCAGUUUGGGAAAACUGACUUUUAUGGUUGGAGGAGCAGAGGAGGAAUUUACUGCAGCCAAAGAGCUGCUCACCUGCAUGGGAGCUAAUGUGGUGUACUGCGGCCAGGUUGGAACUGGACAGGCUGCUAAAAUCUGUAACAACAUGCUUCUGGCCAUUGGAAUGAUUGGGACUUCCGAAACUAUGAACUUGGGAAUCAGACUUGGGCUUGAUCCUAAACUGUUGGCCAAGAUCCUGAACAUGAGUUCAGGGCGGUGCUGGUCCAGUGACACCUAUAACCCCGUGCCUGGAGUCAUGGAGGGUGUCCCGUCUGGGAAUAACUACCAGGGAGGCUUUGGCACCCAGCUGAUGGCUAAGGAUCUAGGCCUAGCACAGAACACAGCCACCAACACGAAGACGCCUGUUCCUCUCGGCUCCUUAGCCCAUCAGAUGUAUCGUAUGAUGUGCGCACGCGGUUAUGCCAAUAAAGAUUUCUCCUCUGUAUUCCAGUUCUUGCGUGAGGAGGAGGGCCAGUAAUGUCAGCCUCCACCCCGUCCACAGCCUUACCAGGCCUGGCCCUGCACAGGACUAACAUAGCGUAGUAAGGGUGCAUUUUGCCCCGAGGACUUUCUUUUUCAAAGUUGUGAGACAUGAAGCAAAGAGAGCUCCAAUACAGCUGAUCAUGUUAGCACUUCUCUCCUCUUGAAAAUCUUGUUUCCUGUGUGAUCUAGCUUUUUUAAUGUACUACACUCCUUUUCAGUUUUAGUCAAGUCAACUGUCAUUUAUACAGAGGACCCAGAACAUAACAACUGUCGCGCAGCAGCAGCUCUGCAGAUCUUACUCAUAAUGCACAGACUCCCCUGGGAAUGGUGUUACGAAGAAAACUCAUAGCUCUGUCCACGUUAAACUUUUGCAAUCCCGGUUUAGUCCUCCUAUAUUUAUCAAUUGUUCGUGAUCAUUUCUUCAUUUUGCUGUUUUUUGUUUUUCUGCUCUUGACAUUGGAAAUGUUACUUUGGGGUAAGAGUGUUAUAUUAUAUCUUGUUAGAAAAUAAAGGCAAAUUGUGAUGUCUUGA